CAAAAGAUAAACUUACUCUAAAACCUUAAAGAUAAAGAAAAUGACGAUAACUUCAAAAACCCUUUCUCUCCCGGUCAUUGACUUUUCGAUUUCAAACCUCAAACCGGGAACUCACGAGUGGGACUCGGUUAGAGCCCGAGUCCGAAAAGCCCUUGAAGAUUUCGGAUGUUUCGAGGCCUUUUUCGAUGGAGCUUCAGUGGAGCUACGGAAGGCUGUGUUCGAGGCCUCAGAGGAAGUUUUUGAUUUACCAUUGGAGACCAAACUGAGUGCAAAGUCAGAGAAUCGUAACAAUGGAUACUCCGGUCAGAUUCCGGCUAUGCCUUUAUUCGAAGGCAUGGGUUUUGACGGUGUAGAUAAUCCUGAGGUUGUCAAUGACUUGACUCACAAGAUUUGGCCUCAAGGCAACAUCACCUUCAGCAACACUGUUCAAUCGUUUGCUGAGAAGUUAGUAGAACUAAACGUGAAUGUGAGGACAAUGAUCAUGGAAAGUUUUGGGCUCGAGAAAUACGUGGAGGAGCAUCUAAACUCAGCGAAGAACCGCUUUCAUUUAUUUAAAUACAAAGGACUUGACGAUAACACAAAAGAGAAUGUAGGCAUUGACCCUCACAUCGACAGACAUUACCUCACCAUACUCUGUCAAAACGACGUAGUAGACGGCUUGGAGAUCAGAACCAAAGACGGUGAAGAGUGGAUCAAAGCUAAGCCUUCUCAAGACUCUUCUUUCCUUGUUAUGGCCGGAGCUUCUCUUCAUGUACUGUUGAAUGGUGCGGUAUAUCCUCCGCUUCACCGUGCGGCUAUAACCGGAAAGAAAGAUCGGUAUGUGGCUGGACUGUUCUUGCGUCCUAAAGAAGGACUUAUCAUAAAUGCGCCUCAGGAGAUGAUAGAUGAUGAACAUCCUCGUCUCUAUAAGCCUUUUAAUUUUGAGGAUUACUUUAAGUUUACCUACAUAGACACCAAGAAGAGAUCUAUCUGCUCUCAAGACUUAUUGUGCCCUUUAAAGAUUUAUGAUGCCAUGCGAAUAAAUAAAACUUUGUAUCAUUUUGAUCACUGCUGAUUCACUGUGCAGUUUUUUUAUUUGCUCUUGAGCCGGAUCUGUUGUUGUUACUUUUACUUUGACUCUUGAGCUUGUCAUGAACCCUAACUUUCAGAAAUUCCAUUAUUUCUUUCCUUUUUCAUUGAUUACAUCAGUAGAAGAAACUUUAACAUGAUCUCGAACGAAUU